UCCGCUUUGGGGCUAUUAUGUCGGAAGUAGCUGAAGAAGAGCAGCCUCUGGCUGCUCCUCUUUCGCCUCAGGACGGGGGCCGAGGUGAAGGUGGGGAAGAGGCCCCUGAAAGUGGAGGAGCCGGAGCUGCGGUGGGGGUGCUCGAGGCGGCUCCCCCCUCAGCCAUUUCCCCGGUGACCGAGGAACCUGCUGGAGACACGAGAAAGAAAAUUGAUGUUUUGCUCAAGGCUGUUGGAGAUACCCCUAUAAUGAAGACCAAGAAAUGGACAGUAGAGAAAACCCGCACAAUCCAAAGCCUCAUUGAUUUUAUCAAGAGGUUUCUCAAGCUAGUAGCCUCAGAACAGCUGUUUAUUUAUGUGAAUCAAUCCUUUGCUCCUUCACCAGACCAAGAGGUUGGGACACUGUAUGAGUGUUUUGGAAGUGAUGGCAAACUUGUACUGCAUUAUUGUAAAUCUCAAGCCUGGGGAUGAAUUAAGAGCUACCAUUGCUUAGGAUUUUUAGAAAACUAAUGUGCUAUAAUAAACUUCAGAGGCAUUCCCCAUGGACAAACUGAAGAAAUGUGCAUUUUUGCCCGUGGAAUUCACUUUAUUAUUUCUCGUAUGUUCUCUGGAUAUGUACAGAAACUACAAAGGCUUCUCAUCCUGAGUUUAAUUCAGUUGAUAGCUUGUUUGUAGAAAUAAUUGUACAUGUGCCAUCUGUACAGCUGAGCUGCCUUUCGCUGGUCCAGGACUUUGCAGAGUUUCUAUUUCUAGGAAAAGGUACUAUCUCCUGACUUGGAGAGUACAUAGAUCAUCAUUUAACAAGGCUGUGUGGAAGUUACAGCUUCACAGAAGGAUCCUUACUGUACAUGAGCAUCUGAGAUAAACAGUUACAUUUUCUAUUUA